CUCCUGCUCACAAAUUUGUAAAAAAAGGAAGGAAAAAAAAGGGGUCCGCAACCCUGCCAGGCUACUAUAACAAGAGCAGGAAUCUGAGUAAGGUAGAAAGCAAGCAUCGCCAGCAGGUAAACUGUUCCUUUCUCCAUCGCUCCUGCCUCGCAAUCUCUUCUUCAAGACUUCAACAAUGCUCUCCUUCCCCUACACCUCGAACCAUAAAGCCCUAACGCUAACCCCUCCCAAAUCUACAAGCAAGCACCACAACCUGCAAUGGCCGACAAAGUAUACCACCCGGCAAAACCUAAUCCCCCGCCUCCGUUCUCGGCCUCGAAGGGCCAGCCCUUCAAUCGCCCCAUAUACCGGCCUCAGCCUCCGCCGCCGUCAUCAAAGCUCCGCGGCUGCUUCUGCUCUGUCAUUCUCGCCGUCCUCUCCCUCAUCCUCCUCGCAGCCAUCGCCGGCGGCAUCUUCUACGCGAUUUACCGUCCCCACAGCCCAACCUUCUCGAUUUCCUCCCUCCGCCUAUCUGCCCUAAACACCACCUCCUCCACCCACCUCACCUCCCUCCUCGACAUCACGGUCACAGCGCGAAACCCUAAUCGUCGGAUCGCUUACCAUUACGACCAGAUCUCGGUCUCCAUCUCAUCCAACGGCGUCGGAAUCGGCGAGGGAUCGUUUCCGGGGUUUGUUCAUAGCGCGAAGAACACGACGGUGAUGAGCUCGUCGGCGUCGACGGCACCGGAUCUGAAACAGGCCACAGUUCCAUUGGAGCUUUACAUGGAGACGAAGGCAGUGAUCAAGGUUGGUAGUUUGAAGACGAAGAAGGUUGAUAUGAAGAUCUCCUGCGAUGGGAUCGAGAUCGCUGCGCCAAAGGGGAAGAAAUCGCCGCCGGCUUCGACGCUCGAUACGAGCUGCAAGGUGAAGCUCCGGAUGAAGGUCUGGAAAUGGACGAUAUAGAUCCAUUUUGAUUGAAUAUUUGAUUCAGUUGAGUAGUGAAGAAGAAGAUGAUUGGUAAAGUGGAGUGGUUUUGUUUUUCAUUUUUUUGAUUCUAUUUGAGAUGUUGGAUUAUUAUUAUUAUUAUUAUUAUCAUAAGGGUUGUAUUUGUAAAAAAACAUGUCAUAACUCCUAUUAGAGGGUUGAAUUUGUAGGUUUUUUCUGUAAGAUGGGUUUGAGAGAAAAUAUUGGGGAAAAGUUUUAAUCA